AUGGCGGGGCUGUACGCGAGCCCCCGCUGCGUGACAGUGCUGCGGCUGACCAACAUCCCAGAGCCGCCAGAGUGGGGCAAGCGCUCCGUCUGCCUCUUCGGCUUGAAGAACGGCAUCGAAGAGCAGGCGAUCCUCGCGACGCUUGGCAGCUUUGGGCAGAUCGAGACGUGCGAGCUGCACACAGCUCCUGCGAUCGUUCGCUUCGCCACGCGCGAAGCGGCGGUUGCGGCCGUGGCGGCGGGCGCGGAGCAGCUGUGCAAGGGCAUUGGCAUGCUGUACAACACACAGCCGUACGAGCGGCGGGGCUGGUGCCACGCCGAGAGCAACUUCGCGAAGAUCAUCCUCGGCACGCACAGCGAGCUCGGGCUGGGCAGCGCGGGGCACGCGCCCAAGAUGAUCGACGUGCUGGACGAGCAGCCUGUGACCCUCACGAGCGCGCCCACGACCGACGCGUUCAAGGCUCAGUUCGAGGAGACGGAGGGAAGGAGCGAGAAGCAGGUCAUCGCUUUCACCGGCAAGGGCGACGAGGAGAAGGUGGUGGAUAUGUACGCCAGCUUUUACACGUCGGUCGUCUUCGAGGAGCGCGCUCGGCAGCGGAUGCGGGAGCAGCGCGCCGCCGCGGACAGGCGCAAGAGGCGCAUCCGCCUCGUCGCCUUUGGCGGGGGGCUGGUCGCCCUUUUGGCGUCACUCGCCGGCAUCGUCGUCGGGCUGCUCCAAAGCAGCCCGAUGAUUAGCGCUACCAUCCUCAGCAUCAUGGGGAUAGCUUUCUUCUGGGGAGUCUUCUCGAUGCUCCUCGCCGUGCUGCCCACGGACGAGGACCUUCUCCGCGGGCUCUCCGUCAACCUGGCGCUGCCGCUUCUCGGAUGGUUCUUCUGGUGGUUGGCGGGACGGCCUCUGCACCCGUUGACUACGGCUAACCUCUGGUCGUUUUCGGCGGCCUUCAGCCUCCUAGCUAUGUGCGACUGCCUAGCUGCCGCUGCCUUCCUCCCGGCCUGGCGCGACGCCUUUCUCGCCGGCCUGCUGCCCUGCCGCUCCACCCGCGUCGGCCCCCGGGCGAUGACCGCCCCCGCCUGCUUGAGCCGCAUUUGGCUGGUUUCCCGGCUGUUAGCUGGAGUGGCAGGAGUGCUCGUCGUGAGCAUGGCUGCGGUCGAUUCGAACCUGUGGCCGUUCUAUCUGGCUGGCGCCGCCAUCCUCCUCACCGCCGUCGCUCUCCGCCCCUCCGCCCGCCGCUACUUGCAAGCCCGCCUCGCCCGCCUCGGCGCCUCCGGCGGAAGCGACGACGCGCAGCUGGCGGCGCUGGCGGCUCUCUCCGGCGGCGGCGAGAAGGCGCUGGCGCGCGCGCAGGCGGCCUUCCGCCUGCUGCCCUUUGACACGCUGACGGCUGAGUCUUCUGUCUUUGUGAGCCACUCCUGGCACGACAGCCGCGAGGGCAAGUUUGCGGCGCUUCAGCGGUGGGCGGAGGGCGACACGGCGGAGCGCGGCACGGCGCCGCUGCUCUGGCUGGACGCCGCGUGCGUCACCCCCGAGGACGCGGGCGCGCUCGAGCUGCUGCCGCUCCUCGUCAGCGGCUGCCAGCGCUUCCUCAUCCUGGCGGGGCCGACCUACGCGAACAGGCGCGCGCGGAGGAGGCCGCGAGAAAGAAAUGGAGGCGACAUCGACCGUGUGACUGUGCUGCCCGUCGUCGAGGCCAGCAACGAGGCGGACGAGGCGGCGGCGGACGCGACAAAAGCGCUGCAGCGCGAGCUCGGGCGGUUCAGCGUGGAGCGGGCGCGUUGUUCGCAGGAGCGGGACACGCAGAAGCUGCUCGGCUGCAUCGAGGCUGGGUUCGGCAAGUACGAGUCGUUCAACCAGGUGGUGCGCCGCAUCUUCUCCGGCCGGUCGAGCUCCAGCUUCGGUGUUGCAGCCCCCUCUCGAAUGCCGUUUGAACUUGAGCCUUCGGCGAUGGACGAGCAGCUGAGGCACGCAGCACAUGUCAUUCAGCGGCACGCCCGCCGCUUCAUCGCUUGA